GAAUUGGUAUCUUCGGACAAAAAGGGACGGGAUUGCUGGGAGACAAGUAGCAAGCAAGAAUAUUCUCACAACAAAUACCUCUACUUGUAUACUGCUGCACAAGUAUAAGUUUGCCAUAUAUGCCAUAGCUACGAAAGCUGAGAUAGAAUAGAUCGAGAUAUUACCGUAUGAUACCGUCAGGAACCAUACGCCAGCGUUCCACGGCAUAGAAGAACUGUUACAUACCGCGUCACAAACCGUAACAGACGCGCCUCCGUCCGCGGCCAAGCCAAGCGCCUCGUCCGAAAGAGGCAAUUUCCUUUCAGGCAUUUACCACACCCACACAACCACAGUACUCGCUCUCUUUACACACACAGACUGAAAGUCAACACACGCCAGAAAUAAUGGUCCUCCACGGCGCCUCGACACCAGCAUCCCUUUCUUCCGCUCCUUUUCCCCUUUCCCUUCUUUCCGUUCUUUCCUCUUCAUCACUUCUUUCCCUACCACUAAUACUACUAUCACCACCCUCACCUCACCAUCACCACUAUCGUCAACUUCGGAUAGAUAGACGGACUAUGUCACCUUCGCCCCGUUCUACCUCACUUGAUUAUCAGCCUCGUCAGAUUUUUGCCUCAUCUUGACCAAGUUUUUUACCUCACGUCCACCGUACUUGACUUUCAACUUUCACCCAUUUUCUCUCUUUCUAUAUAAUUAUUCCUCUUAUUCUCCCUCCCCCCUUUGGACCGAUUAAUCUCCCACGCCACGCUCGUCCCGACUAAAAGUUCAACCGAGCAUCGCAAAACUCUGACCUCAACCCACUCCCAGUCUCUUGCGACCGGUCGACCCAAAAGCAGGAAUUAAUAAGGGAGAAACAAUUCUUGGA